CUUUUUUAAAACUAAACCUUCUUCACAGGACAAUGAAAGUAAUAGCUCUGAUAAGUGGAGGAAAAGAUAGUGCUUAUAAUAUGAUGCAAUGUGUGGCUCAUGGACACGACAUUAUAGCUUUAGCCAACUUGAAACCUCCUAUUGCUUCAGGAAAAGAUGAAUUGGAUAGUUAUAUGUAUCAAACUGUUGGUCAUGAUGCUAUACAGUAUUAUGCUGAAUGUAUGGAUUUACCCCUUUAUCGACGUGACAUUAUUGGUCAACCUCUUGCUCAAGAAUCAGAAUACAAGGUGACUGAUAAAGAUGAAACAGAAGAUCUUCUUUAUUUACUACAAGAUAUCAUGAAACAACAUCCUGACGCUCAAGCUGUAUCAGUGGGUGCUAUCAUGUCAAAUUAUCAACGUGUACGAGUAGAACAUGUUUGUGCUCGAUUAGGAUUGAUCUCAUUGGCAUAUCUUUGGGAACGAAAUCAAAAAGAAUUAUUGGCAGAGAUGGUGGAUGCUGGCGUCAACGCCAUUCUUAUCAAGGUAGCAGCUAUGGGUUUGAAACCAAAUAUUCAUCUUGGGAAAACAAUUGGUCAAAUGUAUCCUGAACUAUGUACAUUGAAUGAAAAAUAUGAUCUUCAUAUUUGUGGGGAAGGUGGUGAAUAUGAAACUUUUACUUUGGAUUGCCCUUUGUUCAAGAAACGGAUUAUUCUUGAUGAAACGGAAACCAUUGUUCAUUCAAAUGAUGCCUUUGCACCUGUUGGAUACCUGCGUUUGAAGAAAUGCCAUCUGGAAGAAAAGUCUUGACUGAAUCAAUCCAUCAAGAUCGAAUGAAUACAGUAUGUACUAUUGAUGGGGAUAUAGUGACUAGUUUAGUAUUUAGUGUAGUUGGAAUAUAUGGAUGAAAUAAAAGAAAUGUAUUUAAUUUACCUUC